UCCACUUGCUGCCCCCGCUAUGCUCUCCCUCGCUUUACCGCUGCCUUGCUCUUCUUCCUCUCCUGCUUGCCUCUUCGACUCCUUCCUUCCUCCUACCUCUCGCCGCCGCUACCGAUUCCUCCGUUUCCUCAGUCCCCGGUCCGCCGUUUCUCCAAGAGCGAGGCUGCAUCUUGUCCCUCUCUGUGCGAACCCUUUAGGCUCUGCUUCUCCAAUAAGGGAGCAGUUAUCUGAUACGGACGAGGAUGAAGAAGACGACGACGAUGACGAAGUUGCUGCCAUGGAGUACGAUGAUGGGCUGCUGGCCGAUGUCGACCGGGAAGAGGAGGAGAGAGAAGGUGAGACUGCUCAGCUUGAGGCGGAGGCGGGGCCAUCUGCUAAAUUCGAGGAACACAAGUGGGAAAGAGUGACCAGGCUUCUUGCUGAAGUUAGGGAGUUUGGUGAAGAGAUUAUUGAUUAUGAGGAGCUCGCAGGGAUAUAUGACUUCCCAAUUGAUAAAUUUCAGCGUUUAGCUAUUCAAGCAUUCUUGAGAGGCUCAUCUGUUGUUGUUUCUGCGCCAACAAGCAGUGGGAAGACUUUAAUUGCUGAAGCUGCUGCAGUAGCCACCGUAGCCAGAGGAAGGAGGCUUUUCUACACAACACCUUUGAAGGCUCUGUCAAAUCAAAAGUUUCGUGAUUUCCGGAGGACAUUUGGUGAUGCUUAUGUUGGGCUUCUAACCGGAGAUUCUGCUAUCAACAAAGAAGCACCAAUACUAAUCAUGACUACGGAGAUUUUACGCAACAUGCUCUAUAAAAGUGUAGGAAUGAUUUCUUCUGCAAGUAGAUUGUUUCAUGUUGAUGUGAUAGUUUUGGAUGAAGUGCACUACCUAAGUGAUAUAUCUCGGGGGACAGUCUGGGAAGAAAUAGUUAUAUAUUCCCCAAAAGAAGUCCAGCUUAUUUGUCUUUCAGCUACAGUAGCAAAUCCCGAUGAAUUGGCUGGUUGGAUAGGGCAGAUUCAUGGUAAAACAGAGUUGGUAACAUCGACAAAACGACCGGUCCCACUUACUUGGCACUUCUCGCUGAAGAACUCUCUGCUACCUCUUUUUGAUGAGAAAGGGAAAAGAAUGAAUAGGAAGCUCUCACUGGAUUAUUUGCAAACAUCCAUUUCAAGAGGUGAACAUUUCAAUGAAAGCAAAACUAAGAAGCACAGAAUGGGCAAGGUUGAACGAGGUUAUAGUAAUGUUGCUCGUCUCUCACAACAGACACCAUUGUCAAAAAAUGAUAUGAACUAUAUUCGCCGUUCACAGGUUCCUCAGAUUAAAGAUACCUUAUGGCACCUUGCAGAGCGGGAUAUGCUUCCAGCUAUUUGGUUUAUUUUUAGUAGAAGAGGAUGUGAUGCUGCUGUUCAGUAUCUUGAGGAUUGCAAGCUUUUAGAUGAGUGUGAGGCUGGUGAAGUCGAACUUGAAUAUAGGAGGUUUAAGAAGCAGUAUCCUGAUGCUGUCAGAGAAGUUGCUGUGAAAGGUCUCUUGCAUGGAAUUGCCUCACAUCAUGCUGGAUGCCUGCCUCUGUGGAAAUCAUUUGUUGAGGAAUUGUUUCAGCGGGGUCUAGUAAAAGUUGUUUUUGCUACUGAAACACUUGCUGCUGGGAUAAAUAUGCCUGCUAGAACAGCUAUAAUCUCCUCACUUAGCAAAAAGGGUGAAACUGGACGCACAUUUCUAAGCCCAAAUGAACUGUUCCAAAUGGCAGGACGUGCUGGUCGGAGAGGCAUUGAUGAAGUGGGUCAUGCUGUUCUUAUACAGACUCCCUAUGAAGGAGCUGAGGAGUGCUAUGAGCUACUUUCUGCUGGGCUUGAACCUCUUGUUUCACAAUUUACUGCUUCAUACGGGAUGGUUUUGAAUCUCCUUGCUGGUGCAAAGGUUACUCGUAAGCUUCAUGAUCCAGAUGGUACAAAACUUUCUCACUGUGGACGAACUCUGGAAGAAGCUCGAAAGCUAGUGGAGCAAAGCUUUGGAAAUUAUGUUGGCAGUAAUGUUAUGCAAGCUGCCAAAGAAGAGCUUGAAAAAAUACAACAUGAAAUUGAGUUGCUUUCUGUGGAAGUUACUGAAGAUGCUAUUGAUAGAAAAUGCCAGGAACAGUUAUCUGAGAAUGAUUAUGCUGAGAUCUCUAAACUGCAAGAAGAAUUAAGGGCUGAGAAACGAACAAGGACUGAACUCAGACGACAGAUGGAGAUCAAAAGAAUGGCUGCUUGGAGACCGCUUUUAGAUAAGUUUGGAAGUGGAAACCUUCCAUUUAUUUGUUUGCGAUAUAAAGACAAGGAAGGAGUUCAGCACAAUAUACCUGCUGUAUAUGUUGGAAAACUUAGCUCUUCUUCUGUCCAGAAGAUCAUGAAUAUGGUUAAGUUGGAUUCUUCUGAUUUUGACAACUUGGAGACAGGUUCUAGAGAUGUUGCAAGUCAUGAAGAUGGCAAACCAGCAUAUUAUGUGGCUUUGAGUUCAGAUAACUCAUGGUAUCUCUUUACAGAAAAAUGGUUAAAAACAAUAUAUAGAACAGGGUUUCCAAACAUCUCAUCACUUGAUGGUGAUAUUCUACCACGAGAAAUGUUGAGGAACCUUCUCAUCAAGGAAGAUCUGCAGUGGGAAAAGAUUGCUGAUUCUGAAUUUGGGUCAUUAUGGUCCAUUGGAGGUUCUCUUGAGACAUGGUCAUGGAGUUUAAAUGUUCCUGUAUUGAGUAGCCUUUCGGAGGACGAUGAGGUGGCAAAUCAAUCUGAAGCAUACCGAGAUGCUGUUGGACGUUACAAGGAACAAAGAAGCAGAGUCUCUCAAUUGAAGAAAAAGAUAACAAAUACCAAAGGGUUUAAAGAAUUUAAGAAGAUCAUUGAUAUGACCAAGUUUAUAAAAGAGAAAAUGGAACGCCUGAAUGCUAGAUCAAAUCGCUUAAGUAAACGAAUAGGACAAAUUGAGCCAACUGGUUGGAAGGAAUUCUUGCAGAUAAGCAAAGUAAUACAAGAAGCAAGAGCAUUGGAUUUGAGCACUCAGGUUAUAUACCCUUUAGGUGAAACAGCAGCAGCAAUUCGAGGAGAAAAUGAGCUAUGGCUUGCAAUGAUACUUAGGAAUAAAGUCUUAUUAAACCUGAAGCCAGCACAACUCGCUGCUGUAUGCGGAAGUUUAGUUUCAGAAGGAAUCAAAGUGCGACCUUGGAAAAGUAACAGCUAUAUUUAUGAGCCAUCCUCAAUUGUGAUUGAUGUUAUCUACCUUUUGGAGGAGCAGAGAAUAUCUCUUAUCCAAAUUCAGGAUAAAUAUGGCGUCAAGAUACCCUGUGAGUUAGACGGUCAGUUCUCUGGAAUGGUUGAAGCCUGGGCCUCUGGUCUAACUUGGAGAGAAAUAAUGAUGGACUGUGCUAUGGAUGAGGGGGACCUAGCUAGACUAUUACGUCGUACAAUAGAUUUAUUGGCACAGAUUCCUAAGUUGCCAGAUAUUGAUCCACUUCUACAAAACAAUGCGCUGCUUGCAUCCAGUGUCAUGGACCGAGCACCCAUAAAUGAACUUGCGGGUUGAUUGUGUAUUGUUGAUUGGCCAAAGUACACUGAAACCGCUUGAUUAUUGUUACUGUGCAGGAGAAAUGCAAGCAGAGUUCAACAUGAAACAUUGAUUCCCACAUUCCAUUGGUUAUUAGAUCCCUGAUCGUGGCAUAGAACCUAUUAUGUUUGUUGGUUCAUCCUCUGCUUGCACCAAGGUUCAUGCUUUCAGGAAUCCGCUCGGCAAAAUAUUGCUCAUGAAAAAGACCUUGGGGGCUCGAAUUGUAUUUAAUUGAUAAAGUUAAUGAACUUCGAUGCCAUUUGAUCCAAAUCAGGAUUCACCUCCAAUACGGAUUUGGACGAGUGGAUCUGAUGGCAAACGAGACCAUUGACCUUCCCUGAAUCCAUUUUUUGUGGAUAUAAAUAAAUAAAGAAUUUAUAGUCCUUUUAUAAUUUA